UCGCAGUUCGAGAUCAGUCGCAGUUUGUCUGUCAGCCUCGUCGCGUCGCCUCGACAGCUGUGUGGGUGUUUCAAUUCUUCAUUUUUGGUGUAUCUGUAUCUGUAUCUGCAACUGCAACAGUAUCUGUAUCUAAGUUUCGAUUCGCUGACUAACCGAUUUACCGUCGGUAUUUAGACUAAGCCACAUUGUGUAUUAAAAUGAGCGCUAAUUUAAAUACGGAGCGAGCCAAACCCGUUGAGACUUUGGUGUUGGCCAACUAUGCCCUCAAAGCGGAACAGAAGCGUGCCGCAGGUCAAGGAGGUCGCAAGGAGGAUGAGCGGAUCACGAGUGCCGUGAUGAAGGUCCUGGAGGGCUAUGACUGGAAUUUGGUGCAAGCAUCUGCCAAAGCGCCCUCCGAUCGCAAAAAGGAGCACAUCAAGCGGCCAAUGAAUGCAUUUAUGGUCUGGGCUCAGGCAGCUCGUCGGGUCAUGUCAAAGCAAUAUCCUCACCUGCAGAACUCCGAGCUGAGCAAGUCAUUGGGAAAGCUAUGGAAAAAUCUGAAGGAUAGUGAUAAGAAGCCGUUCAUGGAGUUUGCGGAAAAGUUGCGCAUGACGCAUAAGCAGGAGCAUCCCGACUACAAGUAUCAGCCGAGGCGCAAAAAGGCGCGCAUCAUGCAACAAACGGAGGCAGCUGCAGCAGCUGCAACAUCAACAGAUGCAACAGCAACAAGCACAGCCCAAAGACGCAGCAAUGUCUCCUCCUCCUCCUCCUCUACAAAUGGACAGCGGCGAGCGACAAAGGCCAAUAACAACAACAACAACAGCAGCAACAAUGUUGCAAGCAGCGCCAAUGGGCAACUCUGCCACGCCAGCAGCUCCAGUCCGGAUGUGUUCAGCAAUGAGGCAUUCAUGAAGUCCUUGAACAGCGCCUGCGCAGCCAGCUUAUUGGAGCAGGGUCUGUCCUUGGGCAGCGAGACGGAGCGCGGACUGCUCGACUCGCCCUGCUCCACGGCCAGUUCACUGUCCUCGCUGACGCCGCCUGCCACGCCCUACAGUGGCGCCACCAAGCAGCCGCUGGCGUCGCUGCCCAACUCCAGCCUGCUGCUGCGCCAGCUGAGCGAGCCGAGCAGUGUCACCGUGGCCGUGUCCGGCAGCAAUGAUUACGGCGUACUGCUGGAUGCUGGACGGGAAUAUAUAGCGCUCGGCGAGCUUAACUAUAAUGCGCAGGCAGCGGGGGCGGGGGCGGUGGCAGGCAGUGUGCAGGAGAUGGAUUUUCUGGAGAGCAUCAAUGGCUAUGGUUAUGGCAGCAGUGCCACACGUGGCAGCUACUCCAACUAUGGCUAUGCAAUGGCGACGGGCAACUUUUCAGCUUCAACUUCAGCUGCAACUUCAGCUUCCUCGGCUGCUGCAACAUCUGUGGCAGCAACGGCGUCACACGCCAAUGGAGCGCUAAAUUACUUGGGCACGCCGGGCAAGGCGGCCGCCGACAUUGAUCCCAAGGAAAUCGACCAGUAUCUCAUGGAUCAAAUGUUGCCCAUAACGCAUCAUGUGCCGACGAUUGUGAGUGCUCACCACUCGCCACCACUCAACUCAUCUGCCUCGCUCUCCUCGGCCUGCUCCAGUGCCAGCUCCCAGCCCGUUGACUGCUUGGCCUCGCCUACCAACGCCUACUACGACCACCUGAGCUACCCGUCGCAGGCACAGAACAGUGCCGGGUAUCCAGCCACAGCACAGUAUGCCAAUCUGGCUGAGACGUCAUCGCAACAGGAGCUGCAGGUGCAUUCACAUUCUCAUUCCCAUUCACAACAUCAACAACAGCAGCAACAGCAACAUCCGCAGCAGCAACAUCCACAGCAGCAACAACAGCUGACGCACCAGCAACAGCAUCAUCAUCUUUGGGGCACUUAUGUGAAUCCCUAAGCUACUUAAAUUGGCGCAUUUGUCCUCCACUCUCUCCCUUCUUGUUGACCUUUAUAGAACAGUCGAUGUCUUUCGUUUACACUAGGCAAAUAAUUUGGACUUUUUUCUUUU